UUUUCCUUUUUUAAUCUUUCUGUGCAAAUCUUCAAACCUUUUUGGGUAUUCUCUAUAUAUAUAAAUAUAUUUUUUAUUCUCCAGUUGGGACUUCCAUUUCUUCUUCUUCUGAAGCUUUUUUUUUUUAAAAGUUUUCUCACUUGUUAGUCAAAAACAUGCAGAGAGAACGAGAAGAUAAACAGUAGCCCAAAAACUAGGGUUUCCCAGCACAUUAAAGCACUGAUUUUGGGCUUUUUUUCUGGAGAGAGAGGGAGCCGGUGAGAGAGAGAGAGAGGGAUAGAGAAGGAAGAGCCAAGCAGAAAAAAAGAUUGAGGAAAAGGGUUUGCUAAGCUAGCCUUCUUUCUCUUUCUUUCUCUCCAAACAGAUUUAUUGUAGAGAGGGAGUUGGAGACAUUUGGGUUUGUUUUCCUUUUGUCUCCUCUAUCCUCUCUCUGGUUUUUUUUUUUUUUUUUUUUAAUUUUGUUUCCUUCUCUACUCUUUCUCUUUCUUUCUUUGGUUUUUCCUUUUCUCGGGCUGUUUCAAAGAUUGUUUUUCACAGGUUGAAACUUUUCUUUCUCUUAAUGUAUAUGAUACCCUUCACUCAAUUUCUGGAUUGGAGAUAUACUUUUAUAUAAAUGGCAAAAUCUGGGUCGUGAAGCAAAAUCAGUCGGCGAGAGGGAGGAUAUACAUACAUACAUAUAUUUAUAGACUGUCUGUAAAUUAGUACAGAGAGAGAAGAGUCGAAUCUAGAGCGAUUAUUUGCUUGAUCAGUACUAAUUAGAGGUAAAGAGUAUUUUUAUUUGAUGAGUUUUGGGGGAUUCCUCGAUAGCAGCACUGGUGGUGGCGGUGCACGAAUCGUCGCUGACAUCUCUUACGGCAACCACAACCACCAUAACGCUGGCGCCAACAUGCCCAGUGGUGCCAUUGCUCAGCCGCGACUUCUCUCUCCUUCUCUCACCAAAUCCAUGUUCCACUCUCCUGGCCUUUCCCUCGCUCUCCAGCAACCGAACAUAGACAACCAGGGGGAUGUGACUGGAAUGGGCGAGAAUUUCGAAGGGAGUGUCAAUAGGAGAAGCAGAGAAGAGGAGAGCAGAUCUGGGAGUGAUAACAUGGACGGAGCUUCCGGUGAUGAUCAAGAUGUUGCCGAUAAGCCGCCGAGGAAGAAGAGAUAUCACCGACACACUCCUCAGCAAAUCCAGGAACUUGAAGCACUAUUCAAGGAGUGUCCUCAUCCUGACGAGAAGCAAAGACUGGAACUCAGCAAGCGUCUCUGCUUGGAGACCAGGCAAGUUAAGUUCUGGUUCCAAAAUCGCCGAACCCAAAUGAAGACCCAACUGGAGCGUCACGAGAACACACUGCUUCGUCAAGAAAAUGACAAGCUUCGGGCGGAGAACAUGUCGAUCAGGGACGCCAUGAGGAACCCAAUUUGCAGCAACUGCGGCGGUCCAGCUAUUCUCGGUGAAGUAUCUCUCGAAGAGCAACAUCUCAGGAUCGAGAAUGCCCGAUUGAAAGACGAGUUAGAUCGAGUCUGUGCACUUGCUGGCAAGUUUUUGGGACGACCCAUUUCUUCCCUAGGCGCAUCGAUUGCAGGUCCGAUGCCAAACUCAGCUCUCGAACUCGGUGUCGGAACCACCAACGGAUUCGGCGGGUUAACCACCGUGUCCUCCGCCACAUUGCCUUUAGUCCCUGCUGAUUUCGGAGGUGGGAUUUCCGGUCCGUUGCAAAUAGUGACUUCUAACAGACCGGUUACGACCGGUCUGACCGGACUCGACCGGUCGAUUGAAAGAUCUAUGUUUCUGGAACUUGCUUUGGCUGGCAUGGAUGAAUUGGUGAAGAUGGCACAGACUGAUGAGCCGCUUUGGAUCAGAAGCCUGGAAGGAGGCAGGGAGAUACUCAACCAUGAAGAAUACAUGAGAACAUUCACUCCUUGCAUUGGGUUAAAACCCAAUGGCUUCGUCACCGAGGCUUCACGUGAAACCGGCAUGGUUAUCAUCAACAGUUUAGCUCUUGUCGAGACUCUAAUGAACUCAAAUCGAUGGGCGGAGAUGUUUCCUUGUAUGAUUGCGAGAACCUCAACUACUGAUGUGAUAUCUGGCGGCAUGGGUGGAACCAGAAAUGGUGCACUUCAACUGAUGCAUGCAGAGCUACAAGUGCUAUCUCCUCUAGUCCCGGUGCGUGAGGUAAAUUUUCUCAGGUUCUGCAAGCAGCACGCAGAGGGAGUGUGGGCGGUGGUUGAUGUGUCAAUUGACAGCAUCAGAGAAACUCCUGGCGCACCGAGUUUUGUGAGCUGCCGGAAGCUUCCUUCCGGCUGCGUCGUCCAAGAUAUGCCCAAUGGCUACUCUAAGGUUACAUGGGUGGAACAUGCGGAGUACGACGAAAGCCAAGUUCACCAGCUAUAUCGACCUUUACUUGGCUCCGGCAUGGGCUUCGGUGCUCAACGAUGGGUCGCCACGCUUCAACGUCAAUGCGAGUGCCUUGCCAUUCUUAUGUCCUCCGCGGUCCCUUCCAGAGAUCACACUGCGAUAACUGCGAGUGGAAGAAGAAGCAUGCUGAAGUUGGCACAGAGGAUGACGGAUAACUUCUGUGCGGGGGUGUGCGCUUCGACGGUGCACAAGUGGAACAAGCUGAGCGUAGGGAACGUGGAUGAGGACGUGAGGGUGAUGACUCGAAAGAGCGUAGACGAUCCAGGGGAACCGCCGGGAAUAGUGUUGAGCGCGGCCACCUCCGUAUGGCUGCCGGUUUCGCCGCAGAGACUGUUUGACUUCCUCCGCGACGAACGGCUGAGGAGCGAGUGGGACAUCUUAUCAAAUGGCGGACCCAUGCAGGAGAUGGCCCAUAUUGCCAAAGGCCAGGAUCAUGGCAACUGCGUCUCCCUACUCCGUGCCAGUGCCAUGAACGCCAACCAGAGCAGCAUGUUGAUACUCCAAGAGACUUGCAUAGACGCGGCAGGAUCUCUAGUUGUGUACGCGCCCGUUGACAUUCCAGCCAUGCACGUGGUAAUGAACGGUGGUGAUUCGGCUUACGUGGCUCUGCUUCCUUCUGGCUUCGCUAUCGUACCGGAUGGUCCAGGCUCUCGUGGACCAACCGUCCCUAACGGCCCCACCAGCUGCAAUGGUGCUGGCAGUGACGGUGGCGUAGGUGGCCCGCAGAGAGUGGGAGGAUCUCUCCUCACAGUUGCCUUUCAGAUUCUCGUGAACAGCCUUCCUACGGCCAAGCUGACGGUGGAAUCGGUGGAGACGGUCAACAAUCUGAUAUCAUGUACGGUUCAGAAGAUCAAGGCGGCUCUACAGUGCGAAAGCUGAUGUGGGUGGGCCAGCACUCACGUGGGCAUGCAUGGCCUUUUUAACGUCAUCAAUGGCGGUGUCUUCUGUGUAUGUUGGUGUUGUAGUUAUUAUAACUUAUGAUAAGUGAGGGUGUGUGGUGAGUUGCAUGAAUAGAAACUCGGAGUGAGUUUUGGGGGGUGGUGAGUCAAGAACGAACCGCGCGUGAAACAACUCCUUGCAUGGUGAUAAGGAUGGAUGCAGGCCCCGAGUCUGUGCGACUCGGUAGCUAGACUGUUCUUAACACAAGGCAAGGGUGGUGGUUCGGGUAUUGACUCAGUACAACCCCCUGAGUUGGCUCAAGUACUAAAAAAAAGGCAGACGAAACAUGAAAUUCAAAACAUGGUCGUGUUAACUCAGUCCCAUUUUGGGAUUUCUUUUUUAAUCUGUUCUUUUUUUUUAAUAUUAAAAAUUUACUGCGUGUAGUGCUGGUGUUGGUAGUUAUUUUCCCAGUGAUUUCAUA